AUGGGGCAGGCUGGGCACCAAUUUGGAGUCCUUCUCUGGAAGAACUGGCUGUGCAGACUCAGGCACCCGGUCCUUUCCCUUGCUGAAUUCUUCUGGCCAUGCAUCCUUUUCAUGAUUCUGACAGUACUUCGUUUUCAAGAACCUCCAAGACAUAGAGACACUUGUUAUUUGCAACCUCGGGAUCUCCCCAGCCGGGGUGUCUUUCCUUUUGUACAAGGCCUCCUGUGCAACACAGGAUCAAGGUGCAGUAACGUGAGCUACAUAUGGUCAGAGGAGCAUCAUUUUCGUUCACCUAGGUUCUCAACAGCAGAGUGUCACAAGGUCAAUGAUUUGACAUUCUUAAAAGAGCUACAGGACCUUGCUGAGGAUGUGUAUGAACUGAUGGACAAAGCAGAAAACUUACAAAACCUUUGGGUACAAAGAUCUGAAACUCCAGAUUCUUCUUAUGGUUCCAGCUUUUUAACAAUGGAUCUCAAUAAGACUGAAGAGGUGAUAUUGGCAUUGGAGAGCCUUCACCGGCAGCCCCAUAUUUGGGAUUUUCUCCUUUUAUUGCCCAGACUUUAUGUGAAUAGUGGUGGCAUUGAAGAUGGCAUCCACGAAGCAGUGCACCUUCUUCAGGUGGUGUUGAAUUCUUUAACAUCUCUGGAAGAUUUAGAUUGGUUGUCACUAAACCACACUUUUACCAACGCUUCUAAAAUUGUGAUAAAUGCAACCAUUUCGAUGCUGACGUUUCUGCAGGAACAUGGGAUGACGGCCGCUAAAUCAGGGUAUAUCCAGUCCCUGCACGAUAUGGUGUGGGAUCCACAGACUGUCCAGGCUGAUCUAAAAUCCCAGUUUGGCUUUGAUGACCUACGUGCAGAACAAGUCCUGAAUUAUUCAACUCAACUACAUGAGAUACCCACAGAGAGUUCAUUGGAACAGAUGGUGUGUUCAGCAUUGUCCCACAGCUCUGAUGGCAAAGUGGACAGAGAGGGUCGCCCUGGAGGCUGUCACCCGAGGUGGUCAGAGGUCAAAAACUACCUGGUCCAUGCUGUCAGCUGGCUGAAACUCUACAAACAGGUGGCUCAUCGGUGGCAAAAGAUGCUGCUUGCAGGCGUUGGCUGGGGUCUUGAGGCUAUCAGCAGACAGUUCGAGGAGGAGAGCCAGCUGUGGAGGGUGACAGAAGCUUUGCAUACCAGCCUUGUUCUUCUGAAUGAUACCUUGUCUGCAGAUGACCUGAAAGGCAGCCACACGUCGCCACAAAUAUUACUGCAUCUACAGAAAUUACAGGACAUUCUUCAAAAUCUUCCCCAAUGGCCAACUCUGAAGAGAUUGCUUCAGUUUGAUGAAGCUCUCAGGAAUGUGAUAGCCCAGAAUUUACAUUUUUUCCAAGAAGUUCUCUUUCACUUGGAGACAUCAGCAAAGGACUCUAAACUGCCUGGGUAUGACCAUUUAAAAUUGGAAAAAGAAGUAUUCUUUUGGGAGUUGAAGCAGUUGUUGAUGAAGAAUGCUACUGCUAUGUGUCUGAAUGGAUGGAGUUCCGAAAGAGAGGCUUUCCUGAAUCUGAGAAAUUCCAGUGUAUGGGAGGGUCUCCUAGGGCUGAUGUGCCAUCACUACUCCUUCAAUGAGACAAGUGUCUUUAACACGCUACGUGGAUCAGUGGAGGAUGCUGAUCAUCUUUUGCAAGAGGUGAUUUCUGGACAUGCAAAUAUGCCAGUUUCAAUAUCUGAAGAAUAUUUGGGCUGGGAAGAACUGGAAAAGCAACUACUGGAAGUUAGCCUUUCCUGUUAUCAGCUCUUCCAGCUGCUGGGUGCAGAUGUCUCACCUGGGAAUAGUAUCUUUCCCAAUGACUGCAAGGACCAGCUUAUUGCCAUAGUGUUUUUUCAUAUAUUUGACAAAGUGCAAUCUUCCCUAAAACAAACAAACUAUUGGAAAACCUCCAUAGGAUUUAUCAGGAAGACCUGUGAAGUGUUUUAUUAUGCAAAUAUGCAAUGUUCCCAGAACAACCCUGCUUUCUAUGAGAAAUCUCCUUGUUAUGAAGAAAACAUGGACUGGAAAUUCAUCAGUGAUAAUUAUUUUCUAUUUGUGAAUAAUUUACUCAAGUUUCCAAGAGUGUCCAUAACCAGGGUCUUAAAUUCUACAAAAGAACUUUUAAAGAAGGAAAAGAAGUUGCAUACCCUUGAGGAUGAACAAAUAUACUUUCUGUUAUCAUUUGUGGAAUUUUGGGAGAAAUUAUUAUUGCCUAAACCUCUCAAUUUAAUUGAUGUUCCCACAUUUCAUAAUCUCCCAUCUGUCACUGAGACUAUUCUGAAUACAAGUCAUUUAUGGAUAAAUCAUUUAAAAAAAUUAGAAGGAGAUCUAUCUGUUACUAACAAUCAGAAUCUUCUAGAAUUCAGCAAAGUCAUGAUAAAAAAGAUACAACAACAUCUCUGGAUAAGGGAAGAAUCAAGAAAUAUUUUCAGAUUUAUAGAGUCAAUACUUUUUGAAAUUGAUCCCAAGUUACCGGAAUUUUGGAUGUAUGGUUUUUCCAAAGGAGAAAGAAUGAAACUGGAAAACUUGUCUACACUUUUAAAUUUUUCUGUUCCAUAUGAGACAAUUCUUGGUGAAAAUUUUAAGUUUUCUCAGUUGUUUCAUUCAAAUUGGUCUAGAUCACCAACCAUGAAAAUAGAUUUUGUACAAUUUAGUGAAACUAUAAUAAAUAAUCUUUAUGAACUUGGAUUUCUGAGACAAGAACACAUUUUAGAAGCUCUGGAUAUGGUCUAUACACUAAAGAAUGCAUCUUAUUUUUUCUUCGCCCUUUCUGAACCUCAAAAACAAGAACUUGGUAAAAUUAUAACUUAUAUAUAUAUAAAUGUCCUCAAAGAUAAAGAUUCAGUUUUACUUCUGCAAAUUUACUCAUCACUUUACCAACAUAUCUAUAAAUUUUUGAGCAUUCAGAAUAGAGAAUCUUUGUUGUCUUUUCUUACAGAAAUCUCAAAACACAUUUUGAAUAUCAUAAAACAAUUUAAUUUCCAAAACAUCGGUAAGGCAUUUGCAUUUUUAUAUGAGACAACAAGUGUUCUUUGGGAACUUUCUGAAGUAUCUUUUUGUCAACAACUGCUUUCAAUUUUUAACUUUUUGGAGAAUCAAGCCCAGUCCUUGGUAUCAACUGAGGGCCCAAUAUUGGAAGUGAUCCAUACUGCAUUGACAGGCCUUAAACAACUGUUCAUAGCUGACAAAGAUUUUCGUAGUUCUUUGUUUCAGUAUAUGAGCCAACUGUUUAAUGGUUCAAUAGAAACCUUAUUUGGUAAUGAAUGCUUUACCUUGGGUAAGCAAAGCAUUUUUCCUGUUAAUUAUUCAGUUGUCGGGGGAUCUUCAUUUAUUCUUCCCUGGGUAGGAAUCCUAUCAAACUUCUCAACAAAUGAUAGUGUGUUAAAUGAGAUUAUGACCAUUCACUGCACUGUUUCAUGGCUUCAAAUGUGGAUUGAAAUCUGGGAAAACAUAUCUCACACAUUUAAGUUGGACAUAGAAAUUUUCACGACUCUUCAUGUUGGCCUCACUCAACUUUUGGAUGAACUGGAAGGUGAUAUGAAGAUCUCUAAAAGCUGCCAAGGAACAUUUCUUGCCCAUAAUCCUGCUAGGCUUAUAUUAAAAUUCUUUAAGAAUGUAACUCAAGCUGAUGGCUUCCAUGAUUGGUAUGAUUUUCUGAAUCUUAAGGGUCUCUGGGUAGCCUUAGAUGAUUUGUUAAUUAGAGUAAAGUUGCUUAAUGAGGACCAAGUGGAAAAAUCCCUUUCCUCUAUGGAAAAUGUCCUGAAUCAGGUAAAAGCAUUUCCAUUAAACAUAAAUGCUAGCCAAGAAUUUUUGUAUCCACUGCUUGAUAUUUUCAUCAAGUUAAGCAAUACCUCAGACUAUGUAGCUAAAAAUGCAUAUUUGAGAAAUCACUCUCUUUCAAAUAACAUCACAGAUUAUGGAGUAGGGUUUCAAAGUGUCAUCACAGAACUGAGAAAAACAAUAAUAUUUCUUAGAAAUCUGUCCCAUGACCCACAUUCAUUUUCUUGUGUUGAUAUUUUCCAAAAUGUUACUGAUUUUAUUUUGAAAGAUGGACCAUUAUAUGUAAACACUUCUCAGAGUACAUUACAAAUUCUGGGCAUGUUAAAAUCCGAAUUUACCUCAGAGGACACUGUUAACAAACUGAAAGGGUGCAUCGAAUGGGUAAACAUCACAAACCAUCUCUUUGUGAUGUGUAACUCCAGUGUUUUGAAAGGACAUCUUGAGGGCAUUUUGAGGAACUUCAGAGAUGUGGAAAACAAAAUCAACUCAAGUUUGAAGCUUAUUAUUUGGUUGUUAAAUAAUAAGCCUUGUUUUUUGAAUAUAUCAAACAUAAAUUGUGUGAAUAUUUACUUGAAAAGUGUAACUGACAUUCUUAAUGUUAUACUCACUGAUGUGCUUGAGCAGGAAAAGUUACCAGAAUUUGAGAUUUUUUCAACUCUUUUGAAUGAUUCUGCAAACCAAAUAAUGAUGAUUAUUAAUAACUUAACGAGAGACAUUGACUUCACAUCUCAAUCCAACUGGAAACAGUUUAUGGAAUUAAUUUUAAAACCCACAGAAAUGUCAGGUGAUAUCCCUAAACAAUUUAAAAAUGUUUGGCUGCACAUAGUAGCCCUGGGGAAGGAAAUUCAAAAUCUUGUGACAGAUCUUUUGCUAAACAGCCUGGAAAAUAGCUCCUCUUCUAAAACUGAACAAAUUUUAAAUAUAUUUGCUACCAGUCUAAAGGAAAAUACUAUAAAUAGUUUAGGCAAUUUAUUUUCUUAUUUAGCUAGUUACCUUGCUGCAAACUUAUCUCAUAAUUUCACAAAUUCAUCAAGAACAAUUCCAUAUGAAGUAAUGAAAACUGUGGCUCUUGGUAUUCAGCUGAUGAGGGAUCUGUUCAUCUCCUACAUGCCCUUAGUCCAUCACUAUACUCCACAAGAUCCAGAUAACAUUCACGUUUUAAAGAAGGUUGCUUCUUUUCUACGUACUUUUAAGAAGACAGACAUAGAUCUGCUCAUAGAUCAACUUGAACAAAUUAGUGAAAGCCUAAUAGACUUCUCUAAAAACAUCAGUAAGUUAGGUAUUGGCAAUUUGGGGACAAACUUGCUUGUUGGUUUGAUGGAAAAAUUUGUGGACAGCUCACAUUCUUGGAAUGUUAAUCACUUGCUAAAGCUUUCAUAUCUGUUUCCUAAAGAUGAUGCUAAUACUGUGGUUGAUGUGUACUAUGCAAUUCCUCAUGCUGUGAGGCUCCUUCAGAGAGUUAUUGACAAAAAUAUCACAGAAAUAUUCAAGGAUGUCUACAGUUUCACACUCCUUCAUGGUAUAAACUUUUCAAACAUCACCAAGAAAGACUUUGCUAUUGUGAUAAAAACUUUUUUGGAUACAAUUGAAUUAAUAUCAAAUAAGCCAAAUAUUCUUUCAGAAGCUUUAACUUGCCUUCCUAAGAUUUGGUGCAGGAAUCACACAAAUUCUGGAUUUCAGAACACUCCAAAGGUAGAAGCAUGUAAUAUCCAAGAGCUCAUGUCUUCUUCCUUUUACAGCAAAGUGGACAUGAUACUUCACCACCUCCACCUGUCUCCUCCAGAAGAGUCACAAUGUUCAAAUGAAAGUUCACAGAUAGAAAUAACUAGAAGAGUAGUCUGUAUAAUUCAUGAGUUAGUGGACUGGAAUUCCAUUCUUCUAGAGCUGUCUGAAAUCUUCCAGGUUAAAAUUCCACUUACAAAAAUUGCACAAGAAUUUUGGCAUAAGGUAUUGCCAUUUGUCUCAGCUUUUGAAAAUCAAAGCAAUGACAGCAUCUCUGAAUUUUGUACUAAUAAGUCCAUGAAGCCAGUUAUUUUGAAAAUCAUAGAAAAUUUAAAAAAUAUUAACUUUACAAAAAUUACAUCAGAUGAAAAUAUUCUUGAUAAAAUAGUUAGUUUAAGUUUAAACACUAUACUUAACAUAAAUGAAGGCACAGAGGCAUUUGCUCAAAAUAAUAUUUCCUUAAGUUUUAAAAAGAUAAUAAGUUCACUUUUUGAAGAACAGAUCCUUGAAGAUAGUAUUCCUUCCUUAGUUUCUCCAUUAAUGGUGUUCCUGAAUGCAAACAUUAUAGGUAAUAGUUUAGAAACAUUAUCAAAUUUGAUUAAAAAAAAUGAAACAUCUACUGACUUUGGAGAAAUGUGGCUAGAGUUGGAACAGACCAUGGAAUAUCUAAGCCAUGACUUCAGUAUCAGACAACUGGUCUCUGAAGUUAACAAGAAAUUUACGGUGACUAAUGCAGUGUCUCUUCAAAACAUAACUUUGCAACUUGCCCAUUAUUUGGAAAGCCUGAAUUCAUCAUCACUGAAGACAUUAGAGAUUAUCAAAGGUUUCCUAUUGCUCACAAGAAACUGGUUUCAUGAGAAUGCAAGUGAAAAUUAUUCCAGAAUGAUGCAGACAAUUCUUCUUAUGGCCAAUGAGAGUAUACUUGACAUAAAUUUGUCAACUGAAGAUAUUAGCAACUUUUUGGGUUAUCCAGAAAACAUUUCUAAAGAAAGUUAUUUGGAUGUUGACUUUCUUACUCAUCUACUAAACCAAGAACAGCUAAUUAAUUUCUCAGUUAUUCAGUUUCUUCUUGAACACAUCUUAAUUAAUUCAAUAAAUAAGUUAGCUGGUAUUUUUCAACAAGCAGCCUUGAACGCAAGUGAUACUUAUCUUCACAUAAAGAAUUUUAUUAACCUCACCUUGACUCAUACACAGUCAGAAAAUAGAGAGAGAAUUAUUUUUCUUCCAAGUGGCACACUAGAUUCCAUGGAACAACUUUUGAAAAUAUUCUUCUCCUCUUCAUGGAAGGACAAUUAUGAAAGCAAAAUAACUCUCUUGCUAAAAGAAUUUCACAGUGAUAGUACUGCAGAGAUCGGCUUUGUCUCUAAGGAUAAAAUGCUAGAAAUUCAACAACUGCAUCAAUUUCCCACCCCCGCAAAAGAAGACAGUCUGAUAAACAUUUUUUCAAGAUUAAAGGACUCUCUAUAUUAUCUAAUCAGUAGUUCAUUAGGCAAUCAAAAUUAUUUUGAUAAUCCUCAAGUUCUGAAGUUCAUGAAAGAUUUGUUCAGUAUUCUUUUAAGGGGGAUCUCAAUGGAAGAUAAGGAUGAAAACAAUUUGGACUUUCUUACAGUUGUAAGUCAAUUGCUUUUCCACAUGAAUGGUUCUGAGAAUCUCUUCAAGCUCAAUCAAGACCUUAGGUCUGCUCUUCACCUUGUAAGAGAAACUUCAAUAAAUAUAGCAAGCCUUAUGGAUACUCUUUUAAACUCUCCUAAUGAGGACUUUUAUACUUUGUAUCCUAUACUCCAAGAAGUUAUACUUGCCAAUCUAAGUGAUUUGCUGUCCUUUAUAAAUAGUUCAUUCCCUCUAAGAAACAGAGCAACAUUAGAAAUUACUAAGCAAUUACUUGAUGUGAUAUCAAGAUCUGGUGAAGAAAGCCAUAUCUUGGAACCCCUCUUGGAAAUGUCUAAUACUCUGAUCAUGCUGAUGAGAGACAGUGCUGAAAUGAGAGCUCUUGCCAUGUCAGUGAACUCUACUGUGAAGAUUCUGAAACUAGCCAAGAAAGUUUCCAGGAAGUUGGUCACUAUUUUUAAAACACAUUUCACCUCAGUUACCAAUGAUACUAUGAAAUUUUAUGACACCCUUUAUUUCAUUUUGCAGCAAAGUGCUCAAAGUGCUGUAAAUAAAAUAUUUACUUUGAAAAAAGUGGAUAAUUUAUUAUUUGAAAAUAUAAGUGAUUCUUUGGUCCCAUUUUUUAAGUUGACCUUUGGAAUGAUUGGUGUCAAACCUAAUAUUUCCCAAGAAUCUGAAAUUUUUAAUAUGUCAUCUAGCACAUUCUUUUAUGUGAACCAGUCCAAUGAAUUUUCUGGUAUUUUGGAAGAAAUUGCUGAAUUUUUAACUUCUAUGAAAGUCAGUCCAAGAGACAUGGGAUAUCUUGUGGAAGCAUUCAGUAAUGAGAAUCAAAUAUUUUCUAUGGAUCAUGUUAACUUAUGUGAAGAAGUUCUGAAUUGUUUAAUUCCUAUAAAUAACAUCAUCAAUCAGAUAGAUUUUUUAUAUCUUAAUACAAUGGAUGCUUGUCCUCAAGAUACAAAAUGGGAGAGAGAUCAUAAAGUAGAACUAUUUUUGGAUGAAAUGCUAUCACAAAACAGCACAGAAAUAGGGGCUUACUUGAGAACAAUGAUUGCUUUCAGUCUAGAAGUUCUUUGGAAUAAUUUGGAAAAUGAUGACUGGAAUACUUCUAAUAUAUUGAUGACAUUUGUUCAGCACCCAAGCAAUUUUCUGAAAAUUAUAAAAACAGUUGUAGAGAUCUCCAGUGAAAUUAAAAGUAACUAUGAAGGUGAUUUGAGCAAAGCUUUGUUUUUGGACAACUUUUUGAUUCCUAAUAUAACUCAUCAACAAUUUGAGGAUGAAAUUCAGAUUAUAUUAAGUAAAAUAGCUCUCUUGAAGAAGAAGCUUCUCCUGAAUAACUUUCAGUGGAUAAAUUACAUGAAAAAUUUACCUCAGUUCAUUUUUGAGAUUUUUAUUAAUACAACCACGGGAAGCAAUAUCACAUCAGAAAAAGAGAGGUCCAAGAAAGAGAAUAUUGGCUUUCCUUACAUUUUCAAAACAUCAUCAUGUUUGGAGAAAUACCUGAAGGGAUUAAUUGCAUUGACUGAAUAUUGGCAAGAAGUACCACUGAUUGAUCAAAGUGUUAUUGCAAUGUGUCAGGCUUUUCAGCAGCCUGUGAAGACCCCAGCAUCCCUGGUGACUCUACAGAAAGUGCAGGUGCUUGUACUGCAUGUACUCACUCUCUUUGCAGAAAACCCUUUUCUGACUAAGGAUAUGCUGUGUGCUGCUUUGAGUUGCAGACAGGGUGGAAUAAGAAGUCUCCUUGUAUCUGCCCUACAAGGGGUCAUUUUGGUGUAUGACCACUACCAGGAAUUUGAAAAGUUAUGGUCCUCAUUCCAUCAGAUAAAUUGUGAAAGUCUGAGCAGAAAUCUUUCUAGCAACUUAGAAGUCUUCAUAGAAAAGUUGAAAAAUGUCACAGUCCAAGAUUGUGAAUGCCAGCCCACCCUGGACACAGCUCAGCGGCUCACACACAGUUUGGCCCAAAGCCUUGGGAAAACUUCGUUGUCAGAGAAUCCCGUUGUGACUUUUCUGAGCAAUUUUACAGUAAAUGAGGAGGUAAAAGUAAAAGAUUUGAUCAAGAACAUCACCAAGUUAACUGAAGAACUUCAGUCUUCCAUCCACAUCACAAAUGGAACUAUAAAUAGUAUUUUAGAAGCAAAUAUUUCCCAUGCAAAGGUUCUUUCAAGUGUUCUCACCAUAGCUUUGUCUGGAAGAUGCGAUUGGGACAUUCUUCAUCUUCUGCUAGAGUUUCCUAAGGAUGAAAAAUCUUGGUUUACAGUGAAGGAACUCUGUGGUCUGCCUGCAUCCAAAGUGUACUCUCUGGUAUUGUUGAUGAUUCGGAACCUGAGCCUGAGGAAUGUCAUUUACGAAACUCUAAUACCUUCCGAAGACAGUGGCUUGCUCAGCUCCCUAUUGGAUCUCAUCUCCAGCCUCAGUCAACUGCUCACCAAAGCCAGCCAUGUCCUUGAAUGCCUUCCACAAUUUCUACAGGCACUUAAAAUCCCUGCCUUGCUUGAGAUGCAGGACUUUCAACAGGUUUCAAAAGAUGACCAAGCCAGAAGUUCAGUCUUCAGUUCAUUCCAAUCUGUGAUGAAGAUGAUUUGUAAGGAUCAAGCAUCUUUUCUUAGCACUGCAAAAACAUUUAUCGACUUGCCUAGAGUUAAUGAACUCUUAGAAGAUGACAAAGAAAAAUUCAACAUUCCUGAAGAUUCAACACCAUUUUGCAUGAAGCUUUAUCAGGAAAUUCUACAGUUUCCAAAUGGUGCUUUAGUGUGGUCCUUCCUAAAACCUGUAUUACAUGGAAAAAUCCUGUACACACCAAACACCCCAGAAAUCAAUAAGGUCAUCCAAAAGGCUAAUUAUACCUUUCAUUUCGUGGACAAACUGAAGAGUUUAUCAGAAAUACUGCUGAAAAUGUCCAACAUUUUUCAAAACAGUGGAAGUGGUCAGAUGAUCAACCAGCUACAGGAAACACUGAGAAUCAAAUUUAUAAGAAACUUUAUUGAAAGCAAGUUACACAUUGAUGUAGAAACGCUGAUUGAAAAGCUCCAGGUGUACGGAGGGAUGCUGCACAAGAUGUUUAACCAUACAGGGACUGGAGACAUCCAAUUCCUGGGCCACCUCUUGGUCAAUCUCUCUUCCUGUGUGGCAUUGAACCGUUUCCAGGCCAUGGAUUCACCGGCCAUCCUGGAGUCUAGAGCACAUGAUCUCAUGAAGCAGAAUGACUUUUUGGCCAGUAUCAUAUUCAACAGUUCCUUCCUUGGCAAGAAUCUCACCUCAGAGCCUCUCCUGCUGCCACCCCAUGUCACAUACACAAUCCGCACCAGUGUUUUAUACAGCAUGAGGACAGAUUUGGUGAAAAACCCUUAUUGGAAGUUUCAUCCUCAGAACCUGCCAGCUGAUGGCUUCAAGUAUAACUACAUCUUUGUCCCGUUGCAAGACAUGAUUGAAAGAGCCAUCAUUUUGGUGCAGACUGGACAGGAAGCCACGGAACCGGCCACACAAGCACAGGCAAUUCCUUACCCAUGCCACACCCUUGACCUAUUCUUGAACAAUGUUGGCUUCUUUUUCCCCUUGAUAAUGAUGUUGACAUGGAUGGUGUCAGUGGCUAGCAUGGUCCGAAAACUGGUAUACGAGCGGGAGAUCCAGAUCGAAGAGUACAUGAGGAUGAUGGGAGUGCAUCCAGUGAUCCAGUUCCUGGCCUGGUUCCUGGAGAAUAUGGCUGUGUUGACCAUAAGCAGCGCUGCCCUAGCCGUCAUCCUGAAGACAAGCCGCAUUUUUGCACACAGCAACGCUUUCAUUAUUUUCCUCUUUCUCCUCAACUUUGGGGUGUCAGUUGUCAUGCUGAGUUACUUUUUGAGUGCGUUUUUCAGCCAAGCAAACAUCGCGGCCCUUUGUGCCAGCCUGGUGUACAUGAUCAGCUUCUUACCCUAUAUUGUUCUGCUGGUUCUACACAACCAAUUAAGUGCUAUUAUUCAGAUGUUUCUGUGCCUCCUCUCAACCACUGCCUUUGGACAAGGAAUAUUUUUUGUUACAUUCUUAGAAGGACAAGAGGCAGGAAUUCAGUGGAAUAAUAUGUACCAGGCUCCUGAGCAAGUGGGCAUGACAUUUGGCUGGGUUUGCUGGAUGAUUCUGUUUGAUUCAGGCCUUUAUUUUUUAUGUGGCUGGUAUUUCAGCAACUUGAUUCCUGGAACUUUUGGUUUAAAGAAACCAUGGUAUUUCCCCUUCACUACAUCAUACUGGAAGAAUAUAUGUGGUUUCAUGGAGAAAAAGCCUUGCACACUAAAUUCCGGCCUGAUCUUCUUCAAUGAGAACUUUGCUAAUAAAGGGUCACCAUUGCAAAAUGGGGAAGUAAAGCUUGAAGCAGGCCCUCCAGGUGUCUCCCUGGUGUCUGUAAGCAAGGAGUACGAGCACCACAAGGCUGUUCAAGACCUCACCCUCACCUUCCACAGUGACCAGAUCACCGCACUGCUGGGAACCAAUGGAGCUGGGAAGACCACAGUCAUAUCCAUGUUGACGGGACUCUACCCUCCCACUUCUGGGACUAUUGUCAUCAAUGGCAAGAACCUGAAAACAGACUUAUCUGUGGUCAGGACAGAACUGGGUGUGUGUCCUCAGCGGGAUGUCCUGUUUGACAACCUCACUGUGUUGGAACAUCUGUUGCUCUUCGCUUCCAUAAAGGCACCACAGUGGACCCCAAAGGAAUUACAGCAGCAAGUCAACAAAACGCUUGAGGAUGUAGAAUUAACACAGCACCAGCACAAACAAACCCACUCCCUCUCUGGUGGCAUGAAAAGGAAGCUCUCCAUUGGCAUUGCUUUCAUUGGCACAUCAAGGACUGUGGUUCUAGAUGAGCCCACCAGUGGGGUGGAUCCUUGUUCCCGCCGCAGCAUCUGGGAUAUUCUCCUUAAGUAUCGAGAAGGUCGGACUGUCAUCUUUACCACCCACCACCUGGACGAGGCUGAGGCACUCAGUGACCGUGUCGCUGUCCUGCAGGAGGGGAAGCUACGGUGCUGUGGGCCUCCUUUCUGCCUGACUGAGUCCUACGGCCAGGGACUCAGCCUGACACUCACGAAACAAUCUCCUGUUCUGGAAGACCAAGACCUGAAGAGUGUGGCCUGUGCUACAUCUCUGAUACAGUCUUAUAUACCACAAGCAUUUCUCAAAGACAGCAGUGACAGGGAGAUGACCUACAUUGUCCCCAAAGAUGCUGACAGGACCUGCUUCAAAGGGCUCUUUCAGGCCCUGGAUCAGAACCUCCAGCGUCUGCACCUGAAAGGCUAUGGGAUUUCAGACACCACAUUAGAAGAGGUAUUUCUGAUGCUUUUGCAAGAUUCCAAAAAGCAACCUGACAUCGCCCCAGGGCCCAAAUUGGAGCAAAAGUCCCACAAAUCUCUGAAGGCAGCUCCUGGUUAUUAUGCCACUUCAGCAAGGACCCCACUGGCACAGGGGGGCCAGCUGCUUCUGGCCCAGAUGACUGCCCUCCUGAUGAAGAAGUUUCGCCGCACUCUCCGUGCCUGGAAAAGCACUCUCUCGGACCUGCUUUUGCCUGUCCUAUUUGUAGCAUUGGCCAUGGGCUUGUUUAUGGUGAGGCCUUUGGCUGUUAACUUCCCUCCCCUCCAACUUACACCUGGACACUAUGAGAGCACUGAAACUUACUUUUUCAGCAGUGAUAGCCAAGAUAUGGAUCUUGCCCACAUGCUUUUGCAAAAGUUUGGAGAUCAGGGUCUGCUCUGUGCUGAUUUAACCCCAGGCUUGGAGAAUUCUUCAUGCUGGCACACAGAUCCCUUUCCUCACCCACAAGUCCAGGAUUCCUGUGGCUGUCUGAAGUGUCCAAACAGAAGUGUUGGGGCACCCUACCUGACUAACCAUCUGGGUCACACCUUGCUGAACCUCUCAGCCUUCAACCUGGAGGAGUACCUGCUCAGGCCGAAUGAAAAACCAAGGCUCGGAGGUUGGUCUUUUGGAGUGCACACCCCUGAAGAAGUUCAAGGUGCACAUUCAAAAAUAUCUAAACCCAAAACUCUGGAAAAGGUUUGGUAUAAUCAGAAGGGUUUUCAUUCCCUACCUUCCUAUUUAAACCAUCUAAACAACCUUAUUUUGUGGAAGUUUUUACCCCCUGAUGUGGACUGGAGAAAUUAUGGAAUAACUGUCUACAGCCAUCCAUAUGGAGGUGCCUUACUAAAUGAGGACAAAAUCCUGGAGAGCAUCCGUCAGUGUGGAGUUGCCCUCUGCAUUGUGCUGGGCUUCUCUAUUCUGUCUGCAUCAAUCGGUAGCUCUGUGGUGAGGGACAGGGUGACCGGAGCCAAGAGAUUGCAGCACAUAAGUGGCCUUGGCUACAGGACUUACUGGUUCACUACCUUUCUCUAUGACAUGGUCUUUUACUUGGUUUCCGUCAGCCUGUGUGUUACCAUUAUCGUUGCCUUCCAGUUAACAGCUUUCACUUUCCGGGAGAAUUUGGCAGCCACUGCCCUCCUGCUGGCACUUUUCGGGUAUGCAACUCUUCCAUGGAUGUACCUGAUGUCCAGGAUCUUCUCCAGUUCAGAUGUUGCUUUCAUUUCCUACAUCUCUUUGAACUUCAUCUUUGGCCUCUGCACCAUGCUGAUGACCAUCAUGCCUCGACUCCUGGCCAUCAUCUCUAAAGCUCAGAAUUUACAGAAUAUCUAUGAUGUCCUUAAAUGGGUCUUCACCAUUUUUCCUCAAUUUUGCCUGGGUCAAGGGCUGAUAGAGCUCUGUUAUAAUCAGAUCAAAUAUGACCUGACCCACAACUUUGGCAUUGAUUCCUAUGUGAGCCCCUUUGAGAUGAACUUCCUGGGCUGGAUUUUUGUACAACUGGCUUCUCAAGGCACCAUUCUUCUUCUCUUGAGGAUUCUGCUGCACUGGGACCUUCUACAGUGGACAAGGGGUCACUCUGCCCUUCAAGGCACUGUCACAGCAGCUAAGGACAUAGAUGUUGAAAAAGAGCAAAUGAGGGUGUUGAAAGGAAGAACUGACCGAGACAUCCUUGUAUUAUGCAACCUGAGUAAAAGCUAUGGCAGCUUCUUCAAGAAGACUACUGCUGUGCAAGACAUUAGUUUGGGCAUACCAAGAGGGGAGUGCUUUGGACUUUUAGGGGCAAAUGGAGCUGGGAAGACCACCACAUUCAAAAUUCUGAAUGGGGACAUCCCUCCAACCUCUGGACAUGCCAUCAUCAGGACUCCCAUGGGAGAGGAUGUGGACCCCUCUUUCGUGGGCAGGACAGGGGUUCGCAUCGGCUACUGUCCUCAGCAGGAUGCCCUGGAUGAGCUCCUGACUGGCUGGGAACACCUCCAAUAUUACUGUCACCUGCGUGGCAUUCCAAAGCCCUGCAUCCCUGAGGUUGCUGGGGACCUUGUGAAGCGCUUACACCUGGAAGCCCACGUGGACAAACUGGUGGCCACCUACAGUGGGGGAACCAAGAGGAAGCUCUCCACUGCCCUGGCUUUGCUAGGGAAGCCUGAUCUUCUUUUGCUGGAUGAACCCAGUUCUGGGAUGGAUCCCUGCUCUAAGCGGUACCUGUGGAAAACAAUAAUGAAGGAAGUCCAGGGAGGCUGUGCUGCUGUGCUGACCUCCCACAGUAUGGAGGAGUGUGAAGCUCUUUGCACAAGACUCGCCAUCAUGAUCAAUGGCAGCUUUAGGUGCCUUGGUUCUCCUCAGCAUAUUAAAGACAGGUUUGGAGAUGGUUACACAGUCCGAGUUUGGCUCAGUCAAAAAGCAAAUCAACAUAGUGCUAUUUCUGACUGUUUGAAGCUCCAUUUUCCAGGAAUCCAGUUCAAGGGACAGCGCCUUAAUUUACUGGAAUAUCAUUUGCCAAAAAGAUGGGCAUGUUUAGCUGAUCUAUUCAAAGUACUAGAGAACAAUAAGAACUUCUUGGAUAUCAAAUAUUAUUCCAUUAACCAAACAACUUUGGAACAGGUGUUUAUUAAUUUUGCUUCUGAGGAGCAACAGACUAAAGCAUCUACUCUCCAUCCAUCUGCUGACCAUUACCAUCUACAGCACAUCCCCAUCUAAGCACUAGAUAAGGGUGCACUAAAAGGAAUAAAACUGUAUAUUUUGUUACUAGUGCUCAGAGAUUAAAGGAGCAAAUGA